AAAACAGAUUGAAUAAGUCGACGAAACUUAGGAGUGCUCUUUAUAUCAAUAUUUCACACAGACUAUGUCACAGGUUGGGUGCUACCUGAUAUCAAUCGAACGGUGAAAUAUAUAACUAAUACAAAAAUGUACUUUUAAUGAUUUGAUAGACAUAUGUUCCAUGAAAUAGACGAUUGAAGUCAAUGUUUACAUUUGAUUUUUUGCCAAAUGGAUUAACAAAGAAAAUCAGCUGUUCACAUGAUCUAGAACUUGUGGCCAAUAGAUUUGGAAACGGACUUAGUAUUGAGCAACACAGUGAAAUCUCGAAAUUUGGACUGAACGUAAAAUGGCUCGGGCAGUUAAGCUAAAAGAUGAUCAGAUCUGUAUAUUGGACUCUUUGGAAGAGCAAGAUGUUACAGAACCCUGCUUCCCCACCAGGAAUUCUAACAUUACACAUCACCCACCUUCAAAAACUAACCGUCCUCGAGCAUCCACCAGUUUUAAUACAUCGCCUAAAAACAAGGCCAAAACAAGUAAAGAUUCCUUAGAAGAGACUGAAAUCUUAGACUUUACAAUCCUUCAGGAUGACACCAAUCCACUCAUUAAGGAGCCCACCAGUGAUAUAAGUGAUGUUAAAACUACAGAUGGGCCUACUGGCUCUGACGUAAGUCAACCAAAUGGUGCUAAUGUGACAGAUCCAACUCAUGUUGAAGCAGAUGUGAAGCUCAUGAGUAAAAUGGAAGGGGGAGAAACAAAUGACACAACACCCGGUCAAGCUGAAGGUGCCGCAGGCGGUGAUCCACACGCUAUACCAGAUGUUGCUAUCCAAGGUGCCAAUGUAGUAGACUUAGAAGACAGUAUGAAACAACUCUAUACUGAGGAACAUCACCUCACAUCUGUUCCUGAGCGAUUAGAAAUUGAUGAGUUGCCAAAACCUCUAUCAAAAUGCCACAUCUUUCUUCUGAAUCUGUCCUGGUAUGGACUCAGUCUUAUGUUUCUAAUUCUCUCCGUGGAAGUUGUCCCUGCUCAAAUUCACGCCAUGGUGGGAACAACAGGAAAGGGACGGUGGCUGGGUGGCAUGGUAGCAGGGGGUGCAAUUGUGACGUUCAUUAGUGGUCCUCUUGUGGGAAUGAAGAGUGAUAGACUGGUCUCAAAGUGGGGAAAGAGACGUCCAGUCAUGCUUGGCGCUACCCUCAUGCUUAGCCUUGCCCUGUGGGGAAUGGCCUUUAGUGCCCCUAAAGUAAUGUUGCAAGCUCCGUUGAAUACCAAUACCACAAAUGCUACAAAUGUGUGCAUGAUAGACCUGGUUGAACAAAGGUGUAAGCCAUACUUGAACACAACAACCUAUCUCCCACUGGCAUACACCAAUGGCCACCACCAUAAAGAUUCAGUGCCUCAACAACAAGGUGGCGUAAAUAUCCCCGAAGUUAAUAAGAAAAGUGGUCAGGAUACCAACUUUGAUGUGAUUGAGGAGGAGCGCUUUGGAAAUAUAGGCCUCUAUAUCGGAUUCUACUUACUUGUUAUCACGUGUUUCACAUGUGUCACUGUGCCUCUAAAUGCUCUUAUUGCUGAUAAAUCAAGACCUGAACAGAGAGGUCUCAACUCAGGUGUCAUGGGCUUCAUGAUCCUCUUUGGGAACAUUUCUGGUGCUGCAGUUGGACUGUUCUUCCUGCAAAUGGGUGUAUUCAGUGUCUAUGGGUGUGUGACAGGAGUUGUGGUGAUAACUGUACUCAUCACAGUGUUCACAACACCAGAGGAACCAGCCAAACCCAUACACGAACCCAUAGAAUGGAGGAAGAUCUUAAAAGGCUAUUGGGAGCCUUUAAAAGACCAUGACUUUAGGUGGGUGUUUUUCACCAGAUUCCUGAUGCAGCAGGGUGUCUCCACUGUUACAGGAUUUCUGGAAUAUUGGUUGUCUGAUAUGGUCAACCUUCCAUACUGCUGGUCCCCUGAACGUUCUGUUGCUCUAAUGCUGCUUCCAUUGCUUGGUGCAGCAGCCAUAAGCUCCAUAGCUUGUGGUAUUGUAUCAGAUAGAAUUGGGCGAAGAAAACCUUUAGUUAUUACAUCAGCAUUAAUGAUGUGCAUAACAACGAGCAUAUUGUCCUUCAUGAGGGGGGAGUAUGCAUACUAUGUUGCAAUAGCCCUGUCAGUGAUCUAUGGUAUGGGUCUGGGGUCUUUCCAAGCUGUGGACUUUGCCUUGGUAAUGGAUGUACUUGAUGAUGACAAGGAUAAAGCUAAGGAUAUUGCAGUUUGGUCUCAGGCCAUGAUCCUCCCACAGGCCCUUGCUACCCCAAUAGGUGGCGUGCUGUUAGAUGUGUUUGAACGUAUAGACUGUGAGCUGGGCUUGGGUUAUAUUAUUCUCUUCCUGCUCUCUUCUUUCUACUUCUUCCUGAGUGGAGUAUUCGUACUGAAAAUUAGAGGAGUAAAGUAAAUUAAAAGAACAGCUAAGAUCAGUGAGAAUUAGAACAGUAGAGGAGUGAGAUAGAUUAACAGGAUAGCUAAAAUGAGUGAGAACAAUACAUAGAACAGCAAUUAAACCAGUGAUUUAGAAACCAGGGAAUAAAAGGUCCACAUAUAAACACACAAUUGCCAUAUAUGGUCAUUGGCGGCAAAGCUAGCAAUGAGGCAGGCAAGCGAGACUACUUUUUCAAAAUUUUACAGAAAAAUCGACUUAGGUUGAAAUUACAUCACAU